CUUCUGUCGCCGCACAUUUUUCACUGAGGGUUCGCUUCGGUCACAUUUAUCGGAGCAUUUCUUGUGGGCUUUCGAGACAAACACAUCAGUCGGUUCGUGGGUCAAUCUUCCAUCGCGCUUCAUUAGAGUGUGCGCGCCAUCCAGAUCACUUUCCUCCGGGCUUGUGACUACAGUGGGCUUUUUGAGACGGCAACCUCUUGGCUCUUGUGGGAACACGCCGCCUUGAAGGUUGCUCUGUGGGCUUGAGGGCUUGAGGGCAAAUCCGCUUCGCGCGGUACUCGAGGGCUGUGGGCUUUGCGCACGUUUGAGAGAUCCUGUUGAAAAGCUGGAGCUUCGCUCCUCCACUUCACGCACUGUUGGCAUUACUCUGAGGGUUGUCGGCUGCGAGCUAGCUCGCUCAUCGCUCAUUGCGCUUUUACUCAUCACGUUCUUCGACUAACCGUUCUCAGUCCUAGAUCCUUAGAUCCCUACCUCCAUCCACAAUGGGCAAGACCAAGAUCGAGAAGUCCUCCAAGAAGGACACCAUCAAGAAGGCCGAGGCUCCCAAGAACAAGGCCCUCUCCGCCGUCAAGGACUCUCGCGUGACCAAGGCUUCCCAGUCGCCGAAGUCCAAGAGCAAGGAGACUGCCAAGGCCUCCGCUGGCAAGGGUGACAAGAAGAGCAAGAAGUCCAAGAAGGAGCCUACUCCUGAGCCUGAGUCGGACAGCGACACCGACAUGGACAGCGACUCCGACAGCAGCGAGUCUGAGUCUGAGGAAGAGGUCAAGCCUGUCUCUAAGAAGGCCGCCAAGAAGGAGGAGUCUUCUUCCAGUUCCGAGUCUGAGUCUGAGUCCGAGUCUUCUGAGGAGGAGGCUCCCGCUCCCAAGACUGCUAAGGUCAACGGCAAGGCCAAGGCUGCUAAGAAGGAGGAGUCCUCCAGCUCUGACUCCGAGUCCGACUCGGACGAGUCUUCUUCCGAGGAGGAGGCCCCGAAGGCCAAGGCCACCAAGGCCGUUAAGAAGGAGUCUAGCUCCGAGUCUGAGUCUGAGUCCGACUCUGACUCUGACUCCGAGUCCUCCGACGAGGCCCCUGCCAAGGCCAAGAAGGCCGAUUCUUCCGACUCUGACUCUUCCGACUCUGAGUCUGACGCUGCCGUGACCAGCUCCUCUGAGGAGAGCGCUCCCAAGAAGCGCAAGGCCGAGACCCAGGCUGAGCCUGCUGCGAAGAAGUCCAAGACUGCUGCUCCUUCUGACCCCAACGCUGUCGCCAACCUUUUCGUCGGCAACCUGAGCUGGAACGUCGAUGAGGAGUGGCUCCAGCGUGAGUUUGAGGAGUUUGGUGCCAUCAAGGGUGUUCGCAUCAUCACCGACCGCCAGUCCGGCCGUUCCAAGGGCUUCGGCUACGUUGAGUUCGAGGAGGUCUCGGCUGCUGCCGAUGCCCUCGCCGCCAAGAAGGGUGCCGAGCUCGAUGGCCGUAACCUGAACGUCGACUUCAGCACUCCCCGUGCCGACAACGGCGACAACAACAGGCAGCGCGCCAACGACCGUGCCAGCCGCUUCGGUGACUCUGCCAGCGACCCCUCCGACACCCUCUUCGUCGGCAACAUCUCUUUCGAUGCCACCACCGACGACAUCAGCAACCUGUUCGCCGAGUACGGCACCAUCACCCGUGUCUCUCUCCCCACUGACCAGGAGACUGGCAACCCCAAGGGCUUCGGUUACGUUGGCUUCAGCUCCGUCGAGGAGGCCCAGGCUGCCUUCGAUGCUUGCGCUGGUGCCGAGGUCGCUGGCCGUCCCAUCCGUCUCGACUUCGCCAGCGCCCGCCCCACUGACGGUGGUGCCGGUGGCCGUGGUGGCCGUGGCGGUGGACGUGGCGGUAGCUUCGGUGGCCGCGGUGGCGGAGGCUUCGGCGGUCGCGGCGGUGGCCGUGGUGGCAGCCGUGGUGGCUUUGGUGGCCGUGGCGGUGGACGUGGCGGCAGCCGUGGCGGCUUCGGCGGUUCCACCAACCGCGGUGGCUUCGGAGACUUCAAGGGCAAGAAGGUCACCUUCUAAGCCUGUUGUGUUGUGAUGUCACGGUAAGUAGGCUCUGUGCAGUCUGAAGAAAGAACGGUCAAAAAAGGUCAACAAAAGGGUCAACGGUUGGGUUAGGGGUAUGGUUAAAAAAGUUUGUUCAUUGUUUUUCUACUGUUAUUGUUGGUUUGCACCAUUAUAUAUCCUCCCGGCUUGAGUAGUACGGCGGAGAUAGCUGCCCGAUGGGCUCGCUCUGGUAAUUCGAUAUCCAGCUUCUAGCUACGUUUCUUUGCCACUG